CUGGUACAGAGCAAAACGCCGAGAGGAAGAGACGAGAAGCAAGGAGAGGAGAAUAGAGGAAACGACAGGUUGAGAAAUCUCGAGAAACAGCUAUGGUGGAGUUCGAAGCGGGAACCGAGGAAGUGAAGCCACGCAUCGCUGUGGACGGAUCUGGUGUUGCCGAAAGAGAAAGCAGCGAGGAGCUUCCCCGGGGUCAGAUCAGCCGGAGCGACGACAUGCGGGGCGAAGGUACCGGAUCUGUUCCUGCCGGAGGUGGAUUCUCCGAUGAGAAACCGAUUCGCGAAGCUAGGAGCAUGGAGGUUCGAUCAUCUGGGUCCAGUUCCUUAAUGGUUCUUCCAACUCAACUUACUAUUUUCUAUGGUGGGAGUGUAAGCGUAUUCGACGGACUUCCCACUGAAAAGGUUCAUGAAAUCCUGUGUAUUGCUACUGAUGCUGCUAAAGCCACUGAGAUGAAGAAUUAUAUCAGCAUCAGUCCUAUGCCAUCGCCAGCCUUGAUGAGAACUGCUUCUUUCUCAAGCACCUCAACUGUUGCUUCACCAGGGGCCAUUCAUCCAAAUACUUUUUGCAGAUUUGCGGCAGAUUUGCCAAUUGCGAGGAGAUAUUCGCUCCAAAGAUUCCUUGAGAAAAGACGGGACAGAUUGGUGAAUAAGAGCCCUUAUUCUACUCCAGACAGCAAAAAGGCCGGUCUCGCCCCAGACAACACAGUUCUUAAUGGAACGGAACCAAACAGAUAUGGACCGGCUUCUUUUGUUUCUUCCUGAUCAAGAAAACUCCCAACCGCUACAAAACCAUGAAAGACGGAAUCGUUGUUGAGAAAUCCCGAGUUCGAUCGAAACCCUAGAAAGUUCGUGAUGGGAAGCUCGAAGCAAGAACUGAAUGACUCACGGAAACAGCUGGACAAGAAGCCGAGACUCGCGGAGGCCGUACGGUCUGCCGACACGAGCUUAUGUACGUUUAGAUUAUUAUUUAACUCUUACUUUUACAGUUUCCACUUCUUCCGUAACAACAUUUCGACUGUUGUCUUUACAUCUCCUCAUUUGUUCGACCGUAAACUACGAUUCUCUAUUCCUUUAAACUU